AUGUCGAGGAGUCUUACAACUUGUGUAAGUUUAUUGAAGUCGAUCGUUAAUAAUGCAUCGUCAACAAAUGAAAUACUGCGCAGUGAUCCAAAUAAUUCAGCCGAUUAUUUGAAAACACAUCGAGUUUUCGAAUUGAUCACAGAAUAUGAUGUUGAACAAGCAAGAAUUGGACAAAUACAGCAGCAAAGUGAAUUGUUACAAAAAUUAUAUACAAAAAUAGGAGGGAAGUUGAAUCUUUUAAGUGGUGAAUUACCCAAGCUUCAGCAACAGCGGGCUCUUUUACAAGCUCGAUUAGAACGAAAUAAUAGUUCAAUUAGAGAUGAAGAAAGUCUGGAAAAUGCAGAAGAACUUGUUACAAUGUCAAAUGCCACAGAGGAAGAAGUUUCUAAACUUCAAUCAUUAAAGGCAAAGCGCUUGGAAUUGCAGAAACAAUUGGACUCCAUUAAUCAACAAGACACAUAA